AUGUCGAUACAAUCCGUCGACAAUUUUGAACCAUCGUCAUCAACAUCAGUUCUUGGUAGUGCUGUAUCACAAACAAAAGUUCAACAACAGCAACAACCAAAUAAUGAUCUUGAAGUAGUUGACAAAUUAGAAACAUCACCACAACCGGUUGUUAAUGGACAAAACGAUACAACAAAUAAUAAAACUAAUGAUCAUGAAGGUUCAGGUACUAAAGAAUCUGUUCAAGAAAGUACUGGUACAACUGAUGUAGCUGAUGUACAUGUUAAUGGACAAACUGAAAAAGCAACUGUUGACGAAGUUCCAUCAACUGAUGCAACAACUAUAACUAAUGUUAAUCCAACGGAAGAAACUGUUUCAGCAUCAGAAACAUCUGAAACAAUUGAAAAAUCAAGUCAAAAGGAAUCCAUUCCGGAACCAUCAAAUGAACAAACGGAUAAUGUUACAUCAACAGUUACACCACCAGUUGAUGUACCAACACCAACUGAACCUGAACCUACAUUAUCAACAACAACUGAUGUUGCUAAAGAAGAUCUAUCAUCAACAUCAACAACUAAUGUUGAUAAUGCUUCUUCUUCUGGUCCUCCUAUUGAAACAACAUCGAAAUCAAAUGAAGAUAUUUCUGCAUCAGUUACAGCUCCUGAGGCAACUACUGUAGUUGAUUCUGCAACAUCAGAACGCAAAACAAAAUCUCCUCGUGGUAAAGCUAAACCACCUGCAGUAUCAACACCACCAACACGUCAUUCAACACGUGCUAAAAAACCAGUUUUAACAACAGAUGAAGAAGAAAAACAAACUACUGAAGAUAUUCAGACACCAACAACAAGUCAAAAAGCAUCCUCUCCAUCGCCAAAACGUACUAAACGUCAAGCAAUACCAAAAGAGGCCACACAAUCAACUCCAACAUCAGGUAGUACUUCAACUGAAGAAGUUAAACCUCGAAGUGAUCAAGAAGCAGUUCGAUCCGAUAUUGAAGAAGACGAAAAUAAAACCGAAAGUGGUAAAACAAAAAAGAAAACUCCAUCACCACGUAUGACGACACCAAGAACAUCAGCAAAAACAAGUAAAAAACGUGAAGCAUCAUCAUCACCAUCACCUAGUGCUUCGAAAAAGAAAAAAGCAACACCAAAAGGUAAAAAAUCAACAACAACAACAUCUGAUGAUGACGAACAAAUGGAUGUUGAUGUUCGCAAAGGAAACGAAACAACAACUAAAACUGGAAGUGAUACUGUUCAUACACCACCUAAAAAAGCACGAACAAGUGGUAAUAAAAAAACACCAACAUCGAAAACACCGGAAUCAAGUGAAGAAUAUAUACGAAAAUUACGACCACGUAAAUGA